UUCCCGAUAUAUGGUUAGACGUUUUGACUUGUCCGAGGAAAGACUGCGCUGGCAAGGUGAUGUCCUGGUUGCAGAGAGGUGUUACUUACUGUCGGCAGGUGACAGGAAGAGUAGCAGCAGGUUGUCUUACAUCUCAGUACCAGCCACCAAGCCAGGUAUUGGCAAGUCAGAUUCAACAGGUUCGAUGCAAGUCUGUUGGUCCCAACUACAAGUUUGAGGUGCCUUCUCCUUAUAAGAAGCCAGGACCAAGUCGACAUGGGUACCAGCAGAAACUAUAUGAUGGAGGUCCUCUUCCGAGAGGAUUACCAAACAAAAUAACCAGUCUUAAACCAUACAAGCCGAAGAAUAAAUGGACACCCUCCCGUGCCCUCUUUGGAAGAAAUGACUACAUUGAUAUACUGGGAGACUCCGACCUGAGACCAAGGGACCUGCUGAAAGCCCCGUUCUGGCUACGAGGCUUCAAUGGGAACGAAAUGCAGAAACUCAUUAGACAAAUGGGAGCUGAGGGCCACAGAAUAGAACAAAUCUAUCCUUCUCAUUAUAAGCGAAACUGGAAAAGAAUUGAUUUUCUGUAUAAGAAAUAUAAUCAAAGGAGAGGCAAACGUAUCAAGAACGUUAUUUCAAAGAAUCAGACUUAUUGAUUGACUGUUGGUCGAUUAGCUUGAUUUUGACAACUAUAGAAUUUGUUUUUAUGUGAAAUGCUGCCUGUAUUUGAACAGUGCUUAUUUGACUUUUGUAUUAUAGUCACAGUGGUGUUCAAUAGAUUAAGAAUAAAAUAUUAGAAAAGGCUA